AUGUCGAGAGAAAUUUUACUAGAUGAAACUAUUUGUAAAGUUCUCUUAAGUGGGCUUAAAUUAAUUUUUCCUGAACGUUUUUCCUAUAAAUCUAGCGUCAUUAUAUCCAAACAGAUAGUGGCUCUUAUAGAGACAGAGAUAGUAUCUCAAAGCAAUAUCCCUUCAGCCUCUAAAGAUUUAUCUUUGGAUGAGUCCAGUCUAGAGGAGGA